AUGGAAGAGUCCCAGAUGUAUAUUAAUAGAGUUUUGAAUUUAAUUUCUUAGUUUGUGUUUGGAGAUAAGUCAGUAGAAUAUGUAAUUGAUAAGUAAAUAUCAUAAUGAAUUUAGACAAGAAAAGCGUCUUAAGGAUAUUUAAUUACCAAUAAAUAAUAAAUUAUUGUGCUUAGAAUGGGAUAUUCUGCUACUCCUGAAAAAUAUGAUACAUUAAAAGGAAAUAAUAAAUAUCUUUUGGAAUAAAAAUGCUGCUAAUAUUCCAAGUGCUUGA